CAUAUAAAAUCCCAGCAAACUCAGUUUAAAAUUUAGAAACCUAAUAACUGCAGUUAAUUAGGGAAAUUAAAAUUAAUUUUUAAAAAUGAACUUUUGUAAUCUUCAUACAACUUUGUUUUUCAUAUUUAUAAUGAUCAAAACAACUAAUGUCCAAGGUCAAAGUGACAGUACCUAUAACGACCUACCAAACGCUCUUUCCUCUUCUUUGACAAGUGUUAUUCGUCUUAAUACGGAAUACUUACGAUCAAACGACGAUGAAGCAACAAAGAAAGCUAUCAGCAGUGCAUCUCUUUGCGGCAUUAACGAAUGUCAACGACAAUUUAAAGAUGAAAAGUGGAACUGCUCUAUAGUGUCUGGUUCUUUACUAAAAACAGCAAAGUUAGCAACUCGAGAAAGCGCUUUUUUAUUCGGAAUAUUCUCGGCAAGUUUAGCUCAUAUAAUUUCAACCGUUUGUUUAAAAGGUUUGAAACAAGAAUGUAGAUAUAAACUGGAUCCAACAGCUAAAGACGUUUCUCCAACAUCGUCACCUCUGUAUAACGAAAAUUGUUUACAAAAUUGCAUAAAGCAUGGAAUAGAUUCUUCACGAGAACUUUUGUCUAGCAAAAAGAUUAGGGAUGCUCGUUGGCAAAUGGAUGAACACAAUAAAGAGGCGGGAAGAACAGCUUUAGAAAAAAUUAAAAAAGAGACGUGUAUUUGCCAUGGACUUUCUGGUGCUUGCGCGUUGAAAAAAUGUGUUCGAAUUUUGCCGUCUUUUGAAGAAAUGGGUAACGAACUAAAAAGUAUAUAUAAUAACGCAAUUAAAGCAGGACCAGAUAACAAUGGACAACUUAUUACGCAUACAAAUAUUAAGCCAGAAAAAAAUUAUUUUAUUUUUAUGACAGACAGUCCUGACUUUUGUAAUACCGAUGUGGCACUUGGUGCAAUCGGUACAAAAGGCAGAAAAUGUUCUCUUUCUGCAAAUUCUCCGGAUAGUUGUGAAAAACUUUGCUGCAACCGAGGUUUCAGUGAAUUUUCGUUUUUGAUGGAAAAAACUUGUGCAUGUAAGUUUCACUAUUGUUGCAGACUAGACUGUAAAACUUGUCAACAUAAUGUAACAGAAUUUCGUUGCAACUAGCUGAGUUAUUGUCAGCGGUAUAGAUAAUAUAUAAAUUAAACUUAAUAAAUUUUUAUUUAUAAUUAAAUAGGUUGUUUAAUUAAUAACUAUUUACACGUUAAAAAAAUUACUAUCUUUUUAAUUCCUUUAAAUUUUUGAAUUAAAAUUUUACUGGAAUUUUUAUUUUUAUAUAUUUUAUAUGUUUUAAUUACUUUUCAUGUUUUCUUUUUUAUUGUACAGAAUUUAAUGCAAUUGUAAAUAAAUAACUUAUUAUAAUAUAGUUUUAUAUAGACAUUAUAUAAUUGUAAAAUUAUCUACAGCUUAAGCACAAACUGAAAAAUUUGAAAUAUAUUAUUUUGCAAACUUACUUUGAGUUUUUACAAUUUCAACAAAUUUUACACUUUUUUUUUUGUAUUCAUCAUUAUUAUUGUUGUUAUUAUUUUUA